AUGAGAGCUUGCGCCAAUCUUUGCCGGAGAAACCUGUGCCGUCUAUGGCGGAGCAGUAGACAGUACUGUACGGAAAAUAGCUCCAAAGUCAAAAUCUUUGACCGGAAUCUCAAACGCAAACAACGUGAUAGAGCUGCGUGGUUGAUGCGUCCAAAUGAUUCUUUGCUGGAUACCGUGGCAGAAAAUCUACUAGAUCGCCUGGAGGAUUGUAAAAGGACAUUUCCUACAGCAUUAUGCAUGGGAGGUUCAUUGCAAGCAAUUAUGCGUUCAAUACGUGGGCGUGGUGGCAUUGAAAAGCUAAUAAUGAUGGAUGCUUCAUAUGACAUGGUGAAAUUAUGUAAAGAAGCUGAACAUGAUUUGCCAAACAAAAAUGUCGAAACAUCAUUCAUUGUUGCCGAUGAAGAGUUUUUACCCUUAAACGAAUGUUCUUUGGAUCUGGUUAUUAGUAGCUUGGGACUUCAUUGGACAAAUGAUCUUCCUGGAGCCAUGAUACAGAGUAGAUUGGCUUUAAAGCCUGAUGGCCUAUUUUUGGCAGCUAUUCUCGGCGGAGAAACGUUGAAGGAGCUGAGAAUAGCAUGCACUAUAGCACAAAUGGAGCGUGAAGGAGGCAUCAGUCCGCGGUUAUCACCCCUGGCACAAGUGCGUGAUGCAGGCAAUUUAUUGACUAGGGCAGGCUUCACUCUUCCUGGAGUUGACAUCGAUGAAUACACUGUGAGAUAUGAUAGUGCUCUGGAGCUGAUAGAGCAUCUUCGUGCUAUGGGUGAAACUAAUGCUCUAUUACAAAGCAGCAAAAUUUUGAAGAGAGAAACUGCCUUGGCAACUGCUGCUGUUUAUGAGUCCAUGUUUGCAGCAGAAGAUGGCACUAUCCCAGCAACAUUUCAGGUUAUAUACAUGACUGGAUGGAGGGAACAUCCCUCUCAACAGAAAGCUAAAGCCAGAGGAUCUGCCACAAUAUCGUUCAAGGACGUCCAAAAGCAAUUUGGUGAAGGAAGUUAG